AUGGUAAAGAGCCACGAGGAGUUGCUCCAGGAGGGAGCAUUGGUGCAGUUCUCAAGGGACAAAGGAAACGCGAUCUUUGUGUCGCACGAGUGGGUGAGCACCGAUCAUCCAGAUCCUGACGGGGAGCAGCUGAAGGUCUUAAAAGCUGCACUCAUGCGAAUGCUCAGUGAGCCGGACAGCAUUCCGGUGUCUGUUCAGGCUGAGUUCAUGUAUGGACUGCAAAAUGGGCUUCUCAUGACCGAGAUGAGAGCAAGGCCGCUUUUCGUUUGGUACGAUUUCUUCUCUUGCCCGCAAAGAAUGCACGGGCCAAUUGGCAGUCGCUUCACUCAUCCGAGUGAGCAGGAAUUGGCUAUCCACAGCAUCCCGGCAUACGUUGAGAUGUGCCGCUGCGUUGUCAUUCUUUGUCCACCGAUCCUCCACAAGCAAGCCCAGGAGCUGCUCAACAAAAGCAGCUGGUCAACGCGAGGAUGGUGUCGACUAGAGAGGUUGGCGGUCCAUCUUAGCACCAUCCACUCUGCAUCGCUAGUGGAAGUCCAGUGUGCAGAGCAGCAGAAUCUCACUGUCCCAUUCGAGUUUCUUCGAGAGCCGGUUGGUUUGGGCAAGUUCACGAUCGCGGCGGACCGUGAGAAGGUUGCAGAGGUCGUUCACAGUAUGGUGCGCCAGAAGCUGCUGCACUACCUGAGGCAAGGUGACCUUCACAACUACAGGGUCCUGCUGAAUCUGCAGCACCUACAUUUCAGAGGCUUCUCAGUGGAGUCUAUCGACGACUGGGUUCCCGGCUUUGUUAGCACGGAGACGGAUCCAAGCAGCUUCUUUCUACAGAAGUUUAUGUAUCAGCAUGGAUUUCGUAGCCCGGUGGAGCGGGACAAGGCUGGCUGGACGCCGCUGUGCUACGCUGCAGUCAGUGGCAACCCACUUCUCCUCGUUGCCUUGUUGGAGCAGCGCGCAAAUCCCAACGACAGCAUCCGGCAUGCAUCUCAACAACAGGUGCAAAUGUCGGCUGGUGCUUCCGCGCUCAUCAUCAGCGUGUGUCUGAAUCACCUUGAUGCCAUCCAGGUCUUACUGGAGCACCGGGCCAACCCAAACCAGGGCGAUGCCACUGGCACGACAGCCGUGCACUACUCGUGCUCCUGUGCAAAUGCAGAUGCCCUGCGACUGCUCAAUGCAGCCGGCGGAUCCACAGUGUUGCAGAACGCAUUCAAGAUCACGCCUAGCAUGCUGAUGGGUGGCGUGGGGAAUAACAAUGCUGAGCUUCAAGUCCGGCUUAUUGAGGAGCUCUCUUGCCGAGGUCUCCCCCUCGCAGAGGUCAACGCUGCACUCCACCUCUGCAUCCUCUUCGGCGGAGCUUCUGGAACUGUGGUGGUCACGCUGUUGGAGGCAGGAGCUGACAUCAAUGGGCCCACCUGCUUACCCAAGUCGGCAAUAUUCCAGACGCUGAUGGCCUACAUGAGCUUUCGACACCCCUGGCGUCAGACCGCCUUCAGCAGAUAUGCGUACCACAGGCGAGGAGCCACGCCGCUUAUGUGCAGCAUCAUCUGCGGUGCCUACGAGGCGGCCGCAGUGCUCAUCGCAUCGGGCGCCCGCCUGGAGCUUCGCAACGGCCGUGGUUGUUCCGCCAAGGAGCUCGCCGAAGAGAUGUCCGUGCCUGACUUCAUCACUGCCGCCCUCAAGGGCUCAACUGCACAAUGCGAACUGCUGGUUCAAAGCCAUCUCAGAAUGACUUCUGAGACUUUUUAG